UUUGCCAACCGCCAUUAAACCCGAAACAAGAAGAAGAAGUCGUUAACCGGAAGGUUGGUGUUGCUCUUCCUGUUCGUGUCUCUCCUGGCAGACAGCGGUGAACAGUGACCUUCUCGGGCCGAACAGCGCGAUUAAUCCUCUUCUAAAGAUGGCAGGUGCUGCAUUUGCUAACUGGUGGUCAAGGGUAGGCCCUUACUAUACCAAGGCAUACCAAGAACUGUGGGUUGGUCUGGGAAUCAUGACUUUCGUUUACUACAAACUCUCCUAUGGUGGCAAGAAAGCAGUAAAGUCUAAGCCUGCACACUAAUUGGAUGACCACAUGAUGUCGCCGUUGCCCCUUCCAUGUGUAAACCUCUGCCAGAAGCGCUUCACUGGCACCAGGAUGUUUGUCUCUGUUUAUGUUAAAUAAAUUCAAUGAUCUGUUUGGAUAACCUAA